AUCCAGUUGGUAGCAGUAAUAGUAGCAGAAGGCUUUCAAUAUUGACGCACAUUGACGCUUAUCGAGAGUCCUGUAAUCGUCGAAGACUGAAAAAAAAUUCUGCUAUUGAAUUCGAACUAAUUUUCACAAGAGCGAGAUAUAUUAUUAUAUACUUUAGGGACAAUGUCAGAGGCAGUAAUAGAUGAAAGAGUAACGGAUGAAAUUGCAGCAUUGAAAGCGAUUUUGCUUGACGAUGAAUUAAACAUAAAGGAAAAUGACAGAGGCGAACCAGAAUGUAUUGAAACUGUAUUGUUUCCUUCAACUGGUGAAGAUUCACAGUCUCAAUAUGUUUGUGUAACACUGAUUGUUCAGUUGCCUGUUGGAUAUCCUGAUAUAUCACCUACUAUUAGUCUCAGAAAUCCCAGAGGUUUAGAUGAGAACACAGUGAGGCUCAUGCAAUCAGAUGCAGAAGCAAAGUGUAAGGAUUUCAUAGGUCAACCAGUUAUGUUUGAACUCAUUGAGUUAAUAAGAGAACACCUUACGAGAAGUAAUCUUCCAACGGAUCAAUGUGCCAUAUGUUUGUAUGGUUUUCGGGAAGGAGAUGAAUUUACAAAAACUGAAUGUUAUCAUUACUUUCAUUCACAUUGCUUAGCAGCACACAUUGCUGCUGCAGAACGAUAUUAUAGAGAAGAACAAGAAAAAUUGCCACAAUGGCAGCAAGAUGCUACCAAUAAAUUCCAGGCCAUAUGUCCUGUGUGCAGAGAGUCCAUCAAUUGCGAUGUAGAAAGUUUAUGGUCUGCUCCUCCUCCAAUUGAUGUUGAAGCUGCUAUCGAUUUUUCAGUAACUACAGAGCUGAGAGAAUUACAAAAACAAAUGGCAGCAUUGUUUUUGAGGCAACAACAAAGGGGUGGUAUAAUUGAUUUAGAAGCUGAAGGUGUAAAAACAUUGGUUAGAACAGAAGAUGAGCCUGGCGCGACUACUGACGGACCCAAUCCUCCAGGAACCAGUUUAAAUGCUUAUUCAAACCAAAAUAUGCAACCUGUUAAUCAUAUGCAAAUGCCACAAUCAAAACAAUCUUCACAGACACAGAAUCAUGCUCACUAUCAAUCAAGACAACUACAUCAUAAUUAUCAUGGCCAUAAUAACCAUGGUCAUCGAAAUAGAGGUCGCGGACGAGCUCAUUAUCGUCGUCAAUUUGACAGAGUUAGGCAGACGGAAUCUACUCCCAGAUGACAAUGGGUUCGAGAUAAACUAUUUACUGUCUGGUCUCCUAUUUUGCUAAAUAUAUACAAUAAUAUGAAUAGCAUUAGUAGCAUAAUUAUGUGUGUAUUAUAUAAUAACUGUUUAAUUUCAAAUUACUUUUAUAUACUAAAAUUAUAGGUUUUGUUGUUCAGCAACAUUCCCGUUGUAAUGUUUAAAAUGGGAUAUGUUGAAACUUCCAAGGACUGUCUGUGUAGACUGAAGCCAUGGUGCUCUUUUAAACGAUCUACAAUCAUAAAAAGUUAAUGUUUUCCUUUUUUUUUCUUUUUUCUUUUAUACAAAUAUGUAUACAAACUACAAAGCUAUAAAUACUAUAACAUAUUACAAGAAAACAAAAGAAAGGAAAAACAUACAAUCAAAAUCUUAUACAAAAAAUAUUUUAUACCAGUUAUUUAAAAUUUAUGCUCUUGGAGCACAAAAGUAAUAGGUAUCACUUUCAAAUUAAUCAUUUUUAAAUAAAUUUUACAAUUUAUAAUACUCAUUUCUGUGCAAAAAUAUAUUAAUAAUAUAGAUCGUGCUAUAUAACAGAGCAAACAUGGGUCAGUGUUUAAACAGAUAUUUGUUUAUUCCUUUAAAGAAAUUAAAAAUUUAAUUCUUGCUCUAUGCAUAUAUUCAGAAGCAAUGUAAAUCUUUAGAAAAAGUAUGUAAUGCUAUUAUAUAUCAAAUUUAUCAUAUGAAAUAUACCUUUCAAGAGUUGAGAA